AGGCCACUACUUUUACAGAUUCUCUUUAAAAAGAGUAAUAGAGACAUGUAAGUUCGUGUGUUACAAAGCUUUUAAAGUUGAAGGCGUCGAGAGAGAGAGAGAGAGAGAGAGCUAUGGAGAAACUGCUUCCGCCCUCUAAAUUGCUUCCGCCUAAAGGGAUUCUCAAGAGCGACGCUCUCAAAAAGUACAUCUUUGAAACGACGGCGUAUCCAAGAGAGCAUGAACAACUCAAGAAAUUACGAGAAGCUACGGUCCUCAAGUAUGGCAAUUUAUAUACAGUACUACUAUACGAUCAUACUCUGAUACUUUCCAACAAUAAUUGCAAGUAUCAUAACGUUACUACGUUAGAUCCUACUAAAUAUGUAUAUCAUCAAUUCAAGGAUUAUACUAGUAAUGAAAAAAUGGUUUGUGCUUGUAUGCGUAGAAGCGAGAUGGAGGUACCGGUUGAUGAGGGGCAUUUCCUAUCUAUGCUUCUAAAGAUAAUGAAUGCCAAAAAGACGAUAGAGCUUGGUGUUUUCACCGGUUAUUCGUUGCUCACCACGGCCCUAGCAUUGCCUCAUGAUGGACAUGUUACUGGAAUAGAUAUUGAUAAAGAAGCUUACGAGAUGGGACUGGAGUUCAUAAAGAAUGCAGGUGUUCAUCACAAGAUCAAUUUCAUCCACUCUGAUUGUCUUCAGGCCUUAGACAAUAUGUUGAGUGAGAAUCCAAAACCAGAGUUUGAUUUCGCAUUUGUUGACGCUGAUAAACCAAACUAUGCAAACAUGCACGAGAGGCUAAUGAAGCUGGUGAAGGUAGGAGGAGUCAUAGCGUUUGAUAACACAUUGUGGUCAGGGUUUGUGGCGGAGAAAGAGGAAAACGUGCCAGUGCACAUGAGGGUAAACAGAAAAGCCUUUUUGGACUUGAACAAGCGUCUCGCUGCUGAUCCUCACGUCGAGGUCUCUCAAGUCUCCAUUGGCGAUGGUGUCACUCUCUGCAGACGCCUUGUAUGACUAAGAGACUCAUCAUAAUACCAAAUGUUACUUAGUUUUGUUUGGUUUGGGAUUUGAAAUCUUCGAGUACUUGUUGUGAUGUGAUUUGUUCAAAUAUAUCAAAUCAUAUAUUAUAUAUCAGCAAACCCAAAAUACAAACGAAUAAAUCACACAAAGAGUGCAAUAGAGUAACAAACAAAUAAAAGGAAUCAGAGGUA